AUGAGACAGCCUAAUGCGCACGGAGUGUGUCGUUUCUAUCAACAGCGCGGCUCUUGCAGGUUCGGGGAAACGUGCAAAUUCUCUCAUGACCUCACGUCAGGAAGAGAGAAAAAACCACGGGAGGAGGAAACGGUCACACAACAACAGGCAAGAGGAGAAUACAACUAUUGGAAGAGGUUCAUCAAGUCACCUCCACGGCCGAAUGACGAGAAGACGUCCCUCCAGCUGUGGAGUGGAGCUCUGCAGAUACUCGACGGAGACGAACGGGAGUGGAAGCAGAUGCUCCCGAGAGACUUCGAUAACGAGGACAUGUUCGGCCGGGAUCACAUCAAGAAUACAAUGGCGGUUCGGACUCGGCUCACAGAUCAUCACGGGUUGAUCGAUGUAACUCUGGCUUUUCUCCGAACCAUAACACAUCCUGCGAUCCUCGACUGUCUCUCUAUCGAGACCUACGCGGGCAGCCUCUAUAACUUCGUCACUGGCGCGAACGGUAAACGCGCGAUUCCAUUCUUCCAACAUGUUUGCGAAAUUGUUGGCAAGGUAUAUAGUGAUACCAUCACCCCGGAUUUCACUACGAAAGCGGAGCAGCUGAUGAUGGCGAUGUGUCUAGCGCUCCGAGAGAUACUUCGGAGGGAACCGCGCGCUCGCUUUAACGAGGAUUUACCUGCUCUGAUGGACGGAAUCGAGAACUUGGUACAAAUGAUCAGCGAGGCGCGAUCUCAAGCCUACACGAUCGUAGCCCGCCACAUCGGAGAGAUGCGUGCGGUCGUGGACCGUGCGAACGGACUAUUAGCACAGGAAGAGGAAGUGCAGGAGUUACUCCAGCCUUCCGCCGCUCCUUCCUCUUACCCCCGAACCAUCGAUAUCCCGCGCGAUCGACACGACAACGACAAGGCAGACAUUUCUCAGAUGGAGAUAUUUCCCACGCGUGAGGAAAUCAUGAGCGAUAUACCCGAGUUCUUGCCGCUUGCAGAUAAGGAUCAACCUCAUUUCAUCCUGGACCCGGCUCAGCGCCAUGUCGACACUAAUUUUCGCUUACUUCGGUACGAUACCUUCGGUGAACUCAAAGAGGCUUUGGGCAACCUCAUGCAUGCCAUCGAAGCAGGCCCUGAGGCCCUCAGGAACCCAAAGCUUAGCUUCGGGGAUUUCCGCGCGUACCACUAUACCAAUACCUAUAUCAGCUACCUUUCGUUUGACCAGCGCCGUGGCCUCGAGGUCAUCUUGUCCUUCCCGCAGUUGCAGAUUCUUCGUGGGAAAUCGGCAACUAAUCGGCGUAAAUGGAAGGAGCACAGCCUCACGAAUGACGAACGUCAAGCAACUAUCACAGCGAAGCUGGCACGACAUAACCAAGAAGAUAUCGAGACGCUUGUUCGACUCAGCUGUGAGAAGACGCGAGGUGUGUUGAUUGAGUUUCCGGGAGUGUUACCAGCCACGUUUAUGCCUGUGUUGAGAAAUCUCCAGGAAAUGAAUCGAUUGGGGCGACUACCGUUUCAAGACUGGAUUUUACCCGGCAAGACGCAAACAACGAAGCAAACUGAACGAGUGGACGUUCCACCGCCACUAUAUGCGCGAGGCGGCUUUCAUUAUUCUCUGGAACCUAUCAUAAAGACGGAUAUACCUGGCAAUGGAGAUAUCCGCAUCAAUCCAGCGUCUAUCACUGUGAAUGAUGGUGAGAUUCUUCGUGAGAUAGAAGAACGAACGCAGCUGGAUUUUGGCCAGUGCCGCGCAUUACUUGCAGCAUUGUCUCGCGAGUUCGCUUUCAUACAAGGCCCACCAGGAACCGGGAAGUCUUUCUUGGGUGUCCAGUUGAUGAAAGUGCUCAUGGAGUGCAGAACUAGGGCUAGGCUAGGCCCUAUCGUUGUUGUCUGUUACACGAACCAUGCCUUGGACCAAUUCCUCGAACACUUGCUGGAGACAGGCAUUCAGAAGGUCGUUCGCCUUGGAGGUCAAAGCCAUUCGACUGUACUCGAGAAUCACAACCUUCGAAAGGUGUCACAGGCCGAAUCAAAAACUCGAUCCGAAAGCUACAUUCUUGGCAAAUCAUAUGAUGCUUUGGAAAAUGAGAGCGAUUUCAUCAAGAAGAGUCUGGGUAGAGUUCACGUUGCCAGCCGCGGCGACUGGAAACAAUUACAAUUCCAUCUGCGGAUGACACACCCCGCAAUCCAUCAACAGUUCCCGGACAUUGACGAAGAUGGCUUUAAGAUGGCUGGACGCCAUCCUUUCGACAUUUGGGCGUCCACAGACAUCAACAUGCUUGAUGUGGCUGCAGAAUAUGCUCAGGCAUUACCUGGAAAGGAUGCUCUACUUGCCAAAGCAGAGCGUAAUGUUCACUCCCUGUCGCGUGCUGAAAGAGCUCAGAUCCGGAAUGUUUGGGCUCAAGAAAUCAGAGACAUCGCGCUGGACGACAUUUUCGAGAGAGUCAAGGACACUGAGCGCAUUCAACAGGAGAUAACCAACGUGCACGACGAAAUCGAUCGAAGGGUCUUGCAGAACGCAGAUGUAAUUGGGAUCACGACUACGGGCCUGGCCAAGCGUAUAGCAACCUUGCAGCGUGUGAGAUGCAAGGUCGUUAUUUGUGAAGAAGCAGGUGAGGUAAUGGAGCCCCACAUGAUCUCGGCGCUUCUUCCGGCUGCAGAGCAUUUCAUACAGAUUGGCGACCACGAACAGUUGCGUCCUCAAAUCAACAACUUCAAAGACUUGUCCCUCGAAAGCCGAAAAGGGCGGUUGUAUCAACUAGAUCGCAGUCAGUUCGAAAGGCUGUCUGUUGGUGAGCCCGGAAGGCUCCGGAUGCCAGUUGCUCAACUCAACGUCCAGCGACGAAUGCGUCCAGACAUAUCACGGCUGAUUCGAGAGACAAUCUAUCCCGACUUGGUGGACCAUGCCACCACUGCCAUGCAACCUGAUGUCGUCGGAAUGCGGAAGAACGUUUUCUGGGUCGACCAUGACAAUCUAGAAGACAACCAACAAUCGGAUAUGCAUCACAAGUCUCACUCCAACCAGUGGGAAGUUGACAUGGUGCACGCGAUGGUUCGCCAUAUCGUUCGGCAGGGAGCAUACAAGAGCAGUGAAAUCGCCGUACUUACGCCAUACACUGGGCAGCUCCAGAAACUACGCGCAGCGAUGCGCAGCGAUUUCGAAAUUGUCCUCAGUGACAGGGAUCAAGAAGCACUCGAGAAAGAUGGCUUCCAGGAUUCGGAAGAUGACUCACCGUCAAUUCGACAUAGCGAUACCGUGGGUCACAGAAAAGCGCCCCUUGCAAGGAAGACCUUGAGUGAGCUGUUGAGGGUGGCCACAGUGGACAACUUCCAAGGGGAAGAAGCCAAAGUCAUCAUCAUUUCGCUGGUGCGCAGUAACAAUAUUCCGAAGGUUGGCUUUCUGAAAACUACAAACCGCAUAAAUGUCCUCUUGAGCCGAGCCCAGCACGGGAUGUACCUCUUUGGCAACUCAAAAACGUACUCAUAUGUUCCCAUGUGGGAGAAAGUUCUUGGGAUCCUCCGAGCGAGCGAGUCGGUCGGAACGGCCCUGGAGCUGUGUUGUCCCCGUCAUCCGGAAACUCCAAUUCAGAUAACUCAAUCGGACGAUUUCUCGAGGCUCAGUCCCGAAGGUGGGUGUCGCGAAGCAUGCCCGUGGCGUCUUCCUGACUGUGGUCACAUGUGCAAGGCCCGGUGUCACUCGGAAACCAUGCACGCCGUUUUCUCCUGCCCACAGCCAUGCCAGCGUCUUCUUGAUCCGUGUAAUCAUCUGUGCCAGAAGAGCACGUGUGGAGAGGACUGUGGGCGAUGUCUCAUAAAGCUAGAUGACGUCGAGCUUCCUUGCGGCCACUUCAAAUCUUGCGUCCCUUGCUACAUGGCGCAAGUUCCAAGUUUGAUCCCUUGCACCAUCCAAGUGGAGAGGACAGUCCCCGAAUGCAACCAUCUGGUACAGAUGCCUUGUGGCAGAGACGUAAAAGCUGAGAACUACAAAUGCCCCACACCUUGCUCUCAGCUUCUGAAGUGUGGGCACCCUUGCCAUGGGACUUGUGGUCAAUGUAAGCCAAAGGCUGGAGGAUUGACUACAGUCCAUCAGAUAUGCCAAAAGAUAUGUGGCAGGAAGAUGGCAGCGUGUAACCACACUUGUGGAAAACCGUGCCAUGAGGGUGAAGACUGCGGUACAUGUUCGGCGCCUUGUGAAGUUCGAUGCAAGCACUCUAAAUGCACCGAGCUGUGUUCCGAGCCUUGCGCGCCCUGCAUAGAGACCUGUACGUGGGGCUGCGAGCAUCAAGGAGCCUGCAUGAUGCCCUGCUCGGCGCCCUGUAAUCGGCUACCCUGCGAUGUCCGAUGCUCAAAGAUCUUGGAGUGUGGCCAUCAAUGUCCCGGACUUUGCGGGGAAUCAUGCCCAGAGAGUCUGUGUCACAAGUGCACCGAGAAGCGAGACAGUCGAGUCGAUCUCUUGGAGAUGCUCACCUAUGCCGAGAUUGACGUCAAUGAAAACCCCAUUGUUGUCCUUGGAUGUGGGCACUUCUUUACGGCUGAAAGCCUUGACGGUCUCGUCGGUUUGACCGAUGUGUACACUUCCGACAAGUUUGGUCAAAUGAACGGACUCGCGGACAUUUCUAGGUCUCUCGCUGGCAAGAUUCCUCAAUGUCCAGAUUGUCAAGCCCCAGUCAGGCAGUAUGUCACACAACGUUACAAUCGCGUGAUCAACAGAGCUGUGAUUGAUGAGUUGUCAAAGCGAUUCCUCGUUCAUGGGAAGACAAGCUUGAGAGACCUUGAAACCAGGCUGCACAGCAUCCAGAAACUGCUGGAUGACUCCCGAGUAGAGAUUACCAGGCCGAAGUCCAAUCCCCUCGAGGAUCUGAUAUUGAUGGAUUUCGACGGUAGGAGAGCGGAUCACGUCAAAGCUGUUAGUGCCGAGAAGAUGAAAGAGCGAUACAGAGCCCCAUUCAAGCUGGGAAGCGAUAUCGCUGCGUUCCUGAAAACAGUUGCAGACCGCCACCAACCAGCACGAAAGCUCCAUGAAGCCACUAUUCAUGCGAUAGCAUCCAAUCGGUCGGGUUCACUCGAUAAUGCGUUCUCAUCGCUUGCGAUUCACGAGCAAGUUCCAAUGGUCGAGCGUGAUCGUCGUGUGGUGCUAGGCGGGCGGGCUCUACUUAUCAAGACUGAAUCUAUGAUCCUCGAGGAUAAGUUCCACAUUGCAAAAGCAAUUGGGAAUGCAUCCAACACAAAAUUUCCAGGAGGUUCACCAACAGCACUAGCCAGCGCUUUCCUUGCAUCGUGCAAAUCUGCGAUAACUGAGAGCACCGCCGCCAAUAUCCCAAAGCUCGCGGUCGAAUUGUCACUCUAUUUUGCCAACAUAACGCAGAUGUACCAAUGUUCUGGGUUGUCGGAGGAACGUGGCAAAGCCAAAGCGAAGGAAUAUGUUGCUGAAGCGAAGGUUCUCCUUAAAAUUGCUCUUGAGAGCUGCAAGCAGCCUUUCCAGAAUGCCGAGAAGCUGAAAGUAGCCGUAGAGGAGAGCCUAGAGCUGCUGCAUAGACCGUUGUACGAAGAGGUGACAGCAGAGGAGCUGGCAAUGAUCAAGGCCGCGAUGGUAUCGGGCCCAAGGGGCAUUGCGACUCACUCUGGGCAUUGGUAUAAUUGUGCCAAUGGCCAUCCGUUCGCUAUCGGCGAGUGUGGUAUGCCAAUGCAGCUAGCAAGGUGUCCGGAAUGCGGCGCGCCCAUUGGUGGAUCGUAUCAUACAGCUGUAGCUGGUGUUACUCGAGCUGUGAAUAUGGAGCAAUGAAGAUG